AUGGAGUUCACCCUCGCCCUUCUUCUCUACGCGGUCCUGCAGCUCAUCGCGUUCCUCUUUGUGCUCGUGGGCACGCCCAUCGACAUGUUCCGCUUGAGGGAUGAGCCCCCAUUUGGCAACACGCCCUGCAUUACGCUGUGGGGGUCAAAGGUUGAGUGCUACGGCCUCACUUUCGAACUAAAAUCGGAUGACCUCUGGAGCCCAUGUCCGCGCCGGCGCGACAGUGUCCGCGCAGCUCAGGCCUUUGCUGUCAUCUCCAUCUUCGUGUACGGCCUGGCUGCCCUCUUCGGCUUCAUUAUGCUGUGCUGCUGCCCUUGGCUCCGCGUGGUCUGCCUGGUGCUCAAUGUCACUGGCGUUAUUACGCUGUGUAUUGUGUGGGCCUCCAUGGUGGUGGUCUACAGCACACUGGAUAGCCCGUGCUUUGGACUAAAGUUUCGCUAUAAUUUUGGCUCAGGCUUCGUGUUGUUGGUCUUCGCCUGGUGCCUGGACAUCAUCAACAUGGUCUUCUUGCUGCUCCCGUCGCAAGCGAGGGACCGGAGUGAGAACGCGGACACGAAGGAAUAG